AUGAUAAACACCCUAUUAACCCACCUAAUUAAUCCACUAGCCUAUAUUGUUCCCGUGCUACUAGCAGUAGCUUUCCUGACAUUAAUUGAACGUAAAGUCCUGGGGUAUAUACAAUUACGGAAGGGCCCAAAUGUUGUAGGACCAUACGGACUACUACAACCAAUUGCCGACGGGCUCAAGCUCUUCAUUAAAGAGCCAAUUCGCCCCUCAACCUCGUCCCCCUUUCUAUUUCUAGCAGCCCCCAUGCUUGCACUAACACUAGCCAUGACACUCUGGGCCCCAAUACCCAUGCCCUACCCCGUAGCCGACUUAAAUCUAGGUAUUUUAUUUGUGUUAGCGUUAUCCAGCCUUGCAGUCUACUCCAUUUUAGGCUCUGGGUGAGCAUCUAAUUCAAAAUAUGCGCUAAUUGGAGCCUUGCGGGCCGUAGCCCAAACAAUUUCAUACGAAGUCAGCCUAGGACUAAUUCUGCUCUCCAUCAUUAUCUUCUCUGGAGGCUAUACCCUGCAAAUAUUUAAUGUCACCCAAGAAAGCAUUUGACUACUCGUACCAGCCUGGCCUUUGGCUGCAAUGUGGUAUAUUUCUACGCUAGCAGAGACAAACCGGGCGCCCUUUGACCUCACAGAGGGAGAAUCAGAAUUAGUCUCCGGGUUUAACGUAGAAUAUGCAGGGGGACCAUUUGCCCUGUUUUUCUUAGCUGAAUAUGCUAAUAUCCUACUAAUGAAUACACUCUCAGCAAUUUUAUUUUUAGGAGCAUCCCAUAUUCCAGCCAUUCCAGAACUAACUGCAAUGAACUUAAUAAUUAAAGCAGCGUUACUGUCCAUCGUGUUCCUGUGGGUUCGGGCCUCAUAUCCGCGAUUCCGAUAUGACCAACUAAUGCACUUAGUCUGAAAAAAUUUCCUCCCGCUAACCCUAGCAUUAGUACUCUGACACGUUGCCCUUCCAGUUGCAUUUGCAGGGCUACCCCCACAACUCUAA